AAUAGCCUACCUGCGGGUCUAGUGGCAACGAGGCGUCCAGUCAGGCAAGGAAGGAAAAUGGAGAAACAGCUAAUAAUAGCUAAUGUGUGUGUCCGAAUUCCUGGACAUAGGUUUUUCUUUUUUUUUUUUUUUUCUGAACAGAGGUACCGCAACUCUUCAUUUUCACGUGACGUCACAUCCGUGUAGGACCGCCCACCUGGAGGGCAAGCCAAGGCCUUCUUUCGCUGCCCGCCGCUUUUUGUUACCAGUUGCAGUUCACUGCUCCUGUUGUUCUCCUGCUGGUUGCUGCUGGUUGUCAGGCCUCCAGGCUGCGGGUGAACGCAGGUCAUCGGUGUGGGGCAACACUCGGCUGGGCCUCCUGCUGAGUAGCUGGUUAGCUGCUACAGCGAGCGUGUUGGCACUUGACUUCACGUGUCAGUUGCUCGGCCUGGUCGUUUCGACUCCGUAUCACUGGUGGCGCCACUGAGCCUCUUCAUGUCCACCUUUCAGUCUUCUGUACAUAACCCCAGCUGAGAAGUCUGACUCCAGCGCAUUCCAGUCAAGCUUCCGAGCCUCCCCCCCCUUCCUCCUCCUCCUCCUCCUCCUCCUCCUGUGCGCAGCUCUGCCGGGCAGCUCUCCAACGAGGCGUGUCACUGACGUCUCCAAAUCAAACCUCAAACCUGGUGCUUCGAGGGGGAAGUAUUGAUGCCAUGCCAGAUGUGAAGGAGUUCGUGGAGGACUACCGCAGAGGAGUACGCGCCGGGUCCGUGUGAUGUCCGUUUGUAGUUCCACUUUUACGCGUUCUGUUUUUUUCUGCCUUCAUUGACUGGAAGCCACUGAACACAGACACAACUGCAGCGGCUGAUCAUCGGCUGACAGGACCUGUCUGCUGUGGAACAUGCAAUAGAAGAACCAGCUGUGUCGUCAUAUUCAGCAGUACAAUCAACCCAUACAGUCGAUUUCCCACUGACAUGGCCUCCUCCCCAGGGUUGGGUCGUGACCCGUUACCGCUGCUUCAGCUCCAGGAGGUGGACUCCAGUAAAGCUUCAGAGAGGCCCAGCUCCCCAGGACUCCUGCCCACCAUGUACAGUCCUCCUGUGGACAUGGACAACCACGCAGUCUGCAUUCCCUCUCCGUACACAGACAGUAGCCAUGAGUACAACCCUGGACACGCACCUCUCACUUUCUACAGUCCACCUGUGCUGAACUACACCAGGCCACCCAUCACCGACCGCCAGUCCUCACUGGGCCCCCCCUUUGGCCCCUCAGCCUUCUGGUCCCCCCACGGCCACACCAACGUGCCUUCACUGACUCUGCGCUGCCCUCAGCCUCUCGUCUAUAACGAACCUAGCCCACAUGCACCAUGGCUGGAGUCCAAACCCCACAGCAUCACCCCCAGCAGCUGUAACAAGCUGCUGGGGAAGAGAUCAGGGGAAGGAGUGAACUCCUCCUCCACGUGUUCGUCUGCACUGGGGAAAGCCGACAUGCACUUCUGCGCCGUGUGCCAUGACUAUGCCUCCGGGUACCACUACGGCGUGUGGUCCUGUGAAGGCUGCAAAGCCUUUUUCAAGAGGAGUAUUCAAGGACACAACGACUACAUCUGCCCUGCUACAAAUCAAUGCACUAUUGACAAGAACCGGCGUAAAAGCUGCCAGGCCUGCCGCCUGCGUAAAUGCUAUGAAGUGGGCAUGAUGAAGUGCGCAGGUGUGAGGCGUGAACGUUGCAGCUACCGAGGACCCCGGCAUCGUCGUGGUGGACUUCAGCCUCGGGAUCCAACAGGCAGGAGUUUGGUCAAGGUGGGGCUGGCUUCUCGAGGUCAGCGGCAUCUCCACCUGGAGCCCCCUCUUGCCCCGCUCGUCCACUUCCCUCAGGCAAAGCACACACACCACUCGGCCAUGAGCCCGGAGGAGUUCAUCUCCCGAAUCAUGGAGGCAGAGCCUCCAGACAUCUACCUCAUGGAGGACAUGAAGAAACCCUUCACUGAGACCAGCAUGAUGAUGUCCCUCACCAACCUGGCAGACAAGGAACUGGUCCUUAUGAUCAGCUGGGCUAAAAAGAUCCCUGGCUUUGUGGAACUGAAUCUAACAGACCAGAUCCAACUGCUGAAGUGCUGCUGGCUGGAGAUCCUGAUGCUGGGCCUGAUCUGGAGAUCAGUGGACCAUCCUGGAAAACUCAUCUUCUCUCCUGACUUCAAACUCAACAGGGAGGAGGGACAGUGUGUGGAGGGCAUCAUGGAGAUUUUCGACAUGCUGCUGGCAGCCACUUCUCGUUUUCGUGAGAUGAAACUUCAGAGGGAGGAGUAUGUCUGUCUGAAGGCCAUGAUUCUCCUCAACUCCAACCUGUGUACCAGCCUCCCCCAGACGGCUGAGGAGCUGGAGAGCAGGAGCAAGCUGCUGCAUCUACUGGACUCAGUCAUCGAUGCUCUCGUCUGGGCCAUUUCCAAGUUGGGCCUGUCCACCCAGCAGCAGACCCUACGCCUCAGCCACCUCAUCAUGCUGCUCUCCCACAUCCGCCAAGUCGGUAACAAAGGCAUGGUUCACCUGUCCUCCAUGAAGAGGAAGAACGUGGUGCUGGUGUACGACCUCCUCCUGGAGAUGCUGGAUGACAACGCAUCCAGCAACAGUUGCACAUCAUCCUCGCCGAGCACAGACACUUACCAAACGCCUCUGUCUCACCUGCAGCCUGGCCCGGACUGCGCCCCCGCCGACCACACCACUGUGUUUCCCCAUGGGCCCACUGAGCCUCUGAUCCUGGACAGACACCUACAGGCUCUGCCCCUCUUGACCACACCUCCAUCUCAGAGUUUGGUGACACCUCACAUGGACAGCAACGAUUACAUCCAGUCAGAGCAGUGGUCGCUGGAUUCAGGGGAAGCGGGUCCCUCAGUGGAGCCAGGGGGCUACAUCAGCAUCGACCGAGUUGUCAUGGAAACAACGCUAGAGGGGUGAUGGACUAAAAGAAACAAACUGAGACCGAAGCUUUGACUUCCCAGUCCCCAAAGAUCAAGAAAAAAAAAGGACUUUUAAAGAAAGUGCUGUUGUGAGGUAAAGUUUUGAUGUUUCCUUUUUGGUUUUUCUGUCUGAGAUUAAUUUAGGAUUUUUCAGGGGGUCGAUGGAGUGUUUAUUGUGUGCUUAACUAUUUCCUGGGAAUGUGCACUACAGUUGGUGUUCUGAGAACAUCACUGAACCUCUGCCAGUCAGUUUGUGCUCCUGUUUUUGAUACAGUUUGUAUCUUUUUCACCGCGGUGUCACGUCCAGAAAAACCCCUUCACAAACUGUCUGUAGCGACUCUUGAGUGCAUGUGGUCAGCACAGUGAAUGUCCAUUUACCUAAGGGUUGUUGGUAGUCAUACAGCUAAAAAGGACCGUGUUUUCAGUCGCACCGUGGUGACGUUGUCCUUCACUGCUACUGUGUAUUUUGGUGUUUUUGUCGGUGCCUAUUCAGCCUGGAUUUUUCUACUCUUUGUGCAAACAAAGUGGUAUGUGGCCUUUUAACUUAAUGACUGUUAUGUACCUUUCUUCUCUGUUCAUCUGGUUAAACUAAGGCUGAAUUUACACUAUGUUGUGGCACAGACCUGGACCUAAAUGCAGACCCGCUAUUUUGGCUGUUAUCUGUAUUUUAGCAGUGUGAAAUCUAACGUCCAGCUUUAAAUGUUUUUAAUAGAAUUAAGUUGCAAAUAAAACAUAAAGCUCGUGUAGCAUACCUGACAUGUAAACUUGCAUACAUGAUCCCUCCAAAAACUAUUAGCACAUUGCCAUGCUAACUGUUAUAUAUAGUUAGUGUAAUGCUAAGUUACCUGAAAGUGUUUACACUAACUACAUGUCAGAGGUUAGCUGAGCCGCUUCGUCAUGUUAGCAGUGUAACAAGCUGCCAGAUGUUGUAGACUGUCUGUGCAUUAAAGUCAUUUACUGAAACCUUAUCUCUACCUUAAGAGUGAAGAGCUAAAUAUUAGCAUAUUACCAUGCUAAUUUACACAUGGGCAUACUAGCAUUAGCACCUAGCUAAACAAGCUAACUUGCCAAAACAAUGUUUUGUUUUAAAGAAUUUUUUCUAAACAGAAAACAAAAUAGAAAAAUUGUCUAGAUUAUUAUAAGGUAGAUGUAAUGAUUUUAGUAGUAACUAUUAAAUUUUACAAGUUAUGUUUUUAAACCUAAACUUCAUUCAUUAAAAAAUGACUCUGCCCACGUCAGUAGUGUCGGUAGUAGUAGUGUUGUCAGACUACUGACUCGGCUUGUUUAGUGCUGUUUGGCUGUGGUUUCCACCAGAGCACAGCUGAGCUCACAAAGGUUCAAGCAAACCAAAAGGAAUAAAUGCUGUAGAAGUUCAUGUAUCAUAAAGAAGCUGGUUGGAGUCGUGAGCUGUGCCACUUGUCUGUCGGCGUAGAUUCAGCCUUGGUGCCAGAUUAUUCUACUACUGGUAAAAGACAUACAUGUGCACUCUUCUUGCUUUCCUGAUGUCUGUGGCUUGUACGUGCAUGAGCACGAACGCUCAAACAACAAGUCUGAUGCUGAAAGUAUUUGUCUUUACAGUUUGUGCACUACACACGACACCUGUGAAAUGUGUUGAAAGUUUUGCCUGUCAGCUCUUAAGCAGUUGAUACAGUAAACGUACAUCAGCAAAUCAUGGCAAACAGUUUAUUGUAAAUCAAAUAUGACAAUCUUUUACAUCCCAUAAAUACAAGUCUGCAAAAUAAAUCAUAGUCCAUGUUUUGUGUUGGUCUGUUCUGAGGCUAUGUACAACUUAGGAUCAAACAUCAGACUCCUCUCUGAUAUAUUUGUUAGCAUUGUAAGUUACCACGAAUCGUCCAUGAUUGUGCAUGUACACAAGUACAUUCAAUGCCCAAAGCAUCGCUUACAUUCAUGUCCUGCUUGAGUCUGGCAUGUUCCAGAAUUUGACAGGAGUCCCAAUGCCUGGAAGAGGAGCGUCUUACAGCAGCGUUCAGGUAAAUGUCACAUGUUGCAGUGUAACUGACGGUGCUUUUUAUUUUUAAUAAUUCUUUGUCUGAUGUCUGCAGGGCUUUACUCCAUGGGGCCAAGUGUUGGGUAAGUCAUGAACCUUUUCUUUGUUUUGGUAUUUCUACAUGAGAAGUAGUUGUGUGCUAUUUGUUAAACAGUGGUGUAAUGUUUGCUGCUGUUGAUCUUUACACACAGGAGAGUUAUUUUGGUAUCGAUAUUAACAAGAUCUUUAAAAAAAUAAUCCAUUUAAAACCUCUUUAAGCAGUUAUAUCAACUCAGAAGUGUUAAAUGGUAGUUUGUGCCAAACCCACAACUCUGCAGAGCUUUGUCUGGUUUUGCUGGUUUUACAGACUGGAGGGUUGAAUCCUACACCACUGCAGGUGUAACAUUUUCACAAAGCAACGUUAGAGUAGCCAGUGAAGACGAUGUUGCUCUGUGUCUGCUGCUGUCUUGGCUAAUGCAGCUUUAAUCUGAGGAGCCAUGCCUCUGUGCAAAACUGUAGGUUUAUGAUUUGCUGAAAUGUUGAAGGCAAGUUUAAAUACUCAAGGAC